GCGCAACAUGCCAAGGAAGUUUCGGACCACCUGGCGGUGCUUCCGCCAACCACACUGCCGACGUUCCUCGCCAGUGAUCUCAAUGCAGAGUUGGGUUGGGGUUGCGAUGAGCAGGGCACCUGUAGGGCAACGGGCAACAAUGGUAAGACCUUGGAAUUCUUGGGACAGUGCAUGGGCCGAGGACUCCAGGCUGUGGCUCCCCCACCUGAGGACUACCGAACACCGACUAGCCGGCCCAGGCAGUUGCACCGACGUGGCAAGCAGAUUGACUGUGUCGUGGCAAAUGCAGGAUCACCAGGGCCUUUGCGGAUCUACCGGGACUCUUGUCUUUCUUUGGGUACGGAUCAUGAGCUCAUCUCGACCACCAUCACCAUUCAGUCAUCCAUGGCAGGCCGUGCCUACGUGGACCCCGAGGAGGUGAAAAUGGCCUUCAGGAGAGGCUCGAAAGAGCCACCGCAGGUGAUUGGAUGGAAGUCAGAAGGCUCAGGACCCAUUGAGCCCUUCACGGAGGACGAAUUGCAAGGGGCUAUCGGGCAGGGCAAGCCCAACAAGGCAGUGGGGGUGGACGGAACUAGCCACGAGCUCCUCAAGGGUUUGGUUGAGGUUCCUGGGGGCCGGCAGGCACUCUUGAAGUUCUACAAUGAUGUGUAUCGCGAUGCCUCGGUCCCGGCGGCCAAUCUCCAUGGGCAGCGCUGCGGCGAAAGUGUACAGUCGGCUAUUGUUGCUGAGAACGGCACCGUGGCUGCAGGCGGAAUGGCACAAGGGCUUGGUGGCGGCUAA